ACUCAAAACUACGGUGAUUUUGUCGGGUUUUUAAAUAAAGGUCGAUCAUUUUAACCCAUGACCCCGAAUUUAUAAUGAUGCUUCCGGAAAUAAACUAUUUCGUGUGUAACUUGACUGUGUGAAAAUAAAGCACAGUGUGCUGACUCGCCACUAUCCUUGUAUUUCUGGUUGUAACUGUGGAUUUAAAAUAAUUUUAUUUGCGGUUCACAACACAAUUAAAGAUGCCAGUCUUCCACACGAAGACGAUCGAAAGUAUUUUAGAACCUGUCGCACAACAAGUUUCCAGACUUGUGAUUCUCCAUGAAGAAGCUGAGGAUGGAAAUGCUAUGCCUGACCUGGCUCAGCCUGUCAGGGUGGUCAAGCUGGCUGUGGAUAACUUAGUCAGGGUCGGCUAUGACACCAUCAACAGCAGUGAAGACCAGAUCCUCAAGCAGGACAUGCCUCCUGCCCUCAAGCGUGUGGAGGAGUCCUCUCUGUACCUGCUGGAUGCUUCAGAGCUCCUGAGGUCUGAUCCUUACUCCGGCCCAGCCAGGAAAAAGCUGAUUGAAGGAUCUAGAGGUAUUCUUCAAGGGACAUCAUCCCUGCUGCUGGCCUUUGACGAAUCAGAAGUCAGGAAAAUCAUCCGAGUCUGUAAAAGUGUGCUGGAGUACCUGGCGAUCACUGAGGUGGUGGACAGGAUGGAGGACCUGGUCACUUUUGUCAAGAAUCUGAGUCCUGUUUUAACCAAGAUGACCAAGGAGGUGGACAACAGAGAAAAAGAACUGACCCACCAGGUCCACAGGGACAUGUUGAUAAGGUCCCUGGAGCAGGUGAAACAGCUGACACCUGUCCUCAUCAGCGGCAUUAAAAUUUUUAUCACCGCCAGCCAGUCAGGUCAGGGUGUGAAAGAGGCACAGAACAAUCGGGACUACACCGUGCGCAAGAUGUCUGAUGAAAUUCAUGAAAUUAUCCGUGUCCUGCAGCUGACCACAUACGAUGAAGACGAGUGGGACGCAGAUGAUCUAACUGUCAUGAAGAAAGCCCAGAAUGCUAUUGAAGGCAAGAUGAAGUCAGCUAAUGAUUGGCUACUUGAUCCAGCAGCUUUAGUAGGUAGCUUAGGAGAUAAAGCUCUUAGACAAAUCAUUGACGAUUCUAGAAAAGUCGCAGAAAGAUGUAGUAAUCCGGCGGAUAGAGACGCCAUUUUGAGAAGUGCCAGUGAUGUGGAGAGUAUGGUCAAUGCAUUGUCUGAGUUAAGACAACAAGGAAAGGGCAGCAGCCCCCAGGCCAUGGCGCUGGCCCGUGGCAUCCAAGACAAGCUGCGAGAGCUACAGCACCAGACAGCACAAGGCAUCAUGAACACGGAGCGCAGUGGUAUCCGUAAACCCGCACCCACAGUGGAUGGUAAAGUGGAGCAGGCCAGGCAGUGGCUGGCUAAUCCAGGCUUUGAUGACAAGGGGCUAGGUGAAGCUGCUACCCGUAUGGUUGUUAACGAGGGUCGUAAAGUAGCCAACUGCUGCACUGGCCCGCAGAGGCAGGAGCUGCUGAGGCUGUGUGACGAGGCUGAGAUUCUGACCAAUCAGCUGUCAGAUCUAUGCAAGAGAGGCCAAGGUAAUGGUCCACAAGCUCGAGCUAUAGCUCGCAACUUAUCUGAGAAGUUGGCCUCACUCAAAGUCAAAAUCCAGGAUGCUCUGGUUAGCCAGGUUGCAGAGGAUUUCAUUGAUACAACCACACCAUUAAAGCAACUCAGUGAGGCGGCUGCUGUUCCUCUAGGAACCCCUGGGCGUGAGGACAACUUUGAAGGUAAAGUGCGUCAGUUCCUGGACCACGCCAACAGACUGGCAGACACAGCCAACUCUGUGGCUACUGCAGGAGGCUGCAGGAAUAAACAAACAGUGGAGGCCAUUUUCAAAAACUCUAACCAGAUCAAAGACUUGACCCCACAAGUCAUCAACGCGGCCCGCGUUCUGUUCUCCAACCCCAACAACCAAGCAGCCGUGGAACACUUUGACCUGUUGAAGAAGCAGUGGUCAGACAACAUGGACAGGCUGCGAGGCCUUGUUGACGAGGCUGUUGACUCUGCUGCACUCAUUCGUGCUGAAGAGGAAGGGAUCCUUCGUGACACAGAGAGGAUAGAGGAGGGCAUCAGGACAAGGGACUCACCAAAGAUCGCCACCCACGCCUCCAACAUUGCCAGACGUGCUGACCGCGUGCUGCAGGUGGCUGACAUGGAGGCCCAGAACAGUGAAGAUCCUGCUUUUGUUGAUAGGGUCAACCAGGCCUCGGAGAUUCUAGCAUCAACUAUCACACCAAAUGUGCAGACAGCCAAGGCUCUGGCCAUGAACCCUGCUAACAAGACAGCAGAACAGGAUUGGAGGAUCAACAACAGGGCUCUAAUUGAAGCCGUAGGGUCAGUGAGGAAUGCAGUGACCGUCCAGCCUAAGGCCAGCUACUAUGAUGAUAGAUACCCUCCCCCACCUGACCUGUCCCAGCUCCAUAUAUCAGCACCGCAGGCAUUUUCAGACAGGACCACUCCCCUCCAGUCCCCGCCCCAAUCCUAUCAAUAUCCUGUACAGGAACGCAGUAGUGUAUAUCACCCACCACCCCCAUAUUCAGCAAUGGUACCUCCCAACCACCCCUGCUCCCUGGAGGUGGAUGGUGAUGUGGGCCGUUCUAUAAUAGCUAGAGUACCAGACCACUAUGGAGGUGAUCGACACACAAACUCUCUUAAUGAAGCCUCUUUACGACCAGAAGAAAGGUUCAGCCAGCAAAGGGCUGCGGCGCCACCCGCGGCUCCCCCGCCACCACGCUCUAUGCCACCACCUGUGCCCCCACCUCCAAUGGAUCCCUACGGAUACUAUUAUGGAGAAGGUGCCCCACCACGCCCACCACCACCUCAUGAUCAUGCACCUCCCCGCCCCCCACCACCAGAGACAGAUGACGAGGAUGAAGCAGCUUUCCCCAUACCCCAAGCUAAUCAACCAAUCAUGAUGGCAGCACAUGCCUUACACAUGGAAACUAAACAAUGGUCCAGUAAAGAUAAUGAGAUUAUUGCUGCAGCCAAGAAAAUGGCUUUAUUGAUGGCAAAACUCAGUCAGCUAGUCAGAGGUGAAGGGGGAACUAAGAAAGACCUGAUAGCCACAGCUAAAGGUAUUGCUGAGGCCUCUGAAGAAGUGACCCGACUGGCCAAGAAAUUGGCUGCUGAGUGUACUGACAAGAAGAUGAGGAUGAAUCUUUUGAAUGUGUGUGAGCGUAUUCCAACCAUUGGUACACAGCUGAAGAUUUUGUCCACCGUCAAAGCCACCAUGUUAGGAGCACAAGAACCCAUCCCAGCACCGGAUGGCAGUGAGAUAGCGUGUGGUUCUGAGGAAGACCAAGAGGCCACAGAAAUGCUGGUGGGUAAUGCACAGAACUUGAUGCAGGCUGUGAAGGAAACCGUCCGCACAGCGGAGGCCGCGUCCAUCAAGAUCCGCGUGGACUCUGGAUACACCAUCCGAUGGGCCCGCAAGCGACCUUGGUACACAUAAUAGCUGUGACCAGGAUAGAAGACAAGGGUAGAAUAAUAAUAAUAAAAUUUUCAGGUUUUACUAUUGCUGUAGAUACCCUACUGUUUUGCUUACUUUGAACUCUUUAAUUAAUCACGUGUACAAGCCAAACCAUGCUUAUGGUUACAGAACAGUUUAGUCAUGGUAAUAUUGAUAUUAAAGACUUUCAACCUACUGGAGAGCUUUUCAGUUCGGAUUUAUGAUUUUUUUUUUCUGUCAUAUAAGAUGUAUAUUUUUUAUGUUGUAGUGAAGAAACAGAUAUAGUUUUUAGGUGAAAGAACAAAAGAUAAAAUUUGCUAUUAGUAAUAGAUUGAAAGAUUUAUAAGAAAAAGUUUAGAAAUGAACAUUUUAAAAAUUAGUUUAAAUAUGUCUUAGCUGGAAAAUUUUUUAAAAUAUUUAAAACUAUAGCAUGCAUUUUGUAACAUGUGUUAUAUCUCUUUAUUUAUCAACACACUGGAGUAAGGUUUGGCCUAGAUUCUAAUGGUGCUAGCUGGCAAUCCAUCAGUUGAAGCUUGGCCAGGUUUCAACUGAUUUUGGUGCCUUCAUUGCUUUUAUGUCAUUUGUUUUUCAGUUUGAGUGUGAGAAAUGAGUUGUUUCAUUAAAAAUUUAGAUGUAAAUGACAUGGAAUUUAUUAUAAUUUAAAAAGCAAAGUAAAAACUUACAGUUUCAACAUUUUGUUGAAACUAUAAAAAUAAAAUGUUACAUCAUAGUCUCUUUAUGUUAAUAUGUUGAACAUAAAAACAUAAUUAAACUGUAAUCUAUAUGUAAAUUAUUUACUGUUUAUAUUUGUUCAUUAGCCAACUGUCCCAAUUACUUAAUGCCAACAAUAUCUUGGUUCAUUAUACCUGGGGAAUAUCCAACUAACUUUAACAGAAAUAUCUGAUUUUAUGAAAAGUAUACUUAAAUAUGAGUUUGUUUUUUAUUUUGUAAUCAUUUUUGUAUUGAAAUUUUUUGUGGUAAAAAAUUUUUUUUAAUGAGAGUUCAGUUAUUUUAGACCUAAUUUACUAUGUCAUAGCUUGAUGACACAUAUAUUCUGUAACUUUGAUAUAUUUAUUUAACAUUAUCUAAUUAUCUAUACAUUCAAACUAUAUGCAUUAUACAAUAGCUAUUUUAAAAUUUGUUUUGUUUUCCUGUUUAAUUCAGUUGUAUUUUUAAAAGUCUGCUUUAGUAUUGUAUUGUGAUGUAUUGAAGUUUGUGUCUAUAACGUAUAAGUAUUGUUAGAAUUAUUUAUUUUUUAAAAAUUUAGGGUUUACAAUUCCAGUAAGUGCAUAGAUAUUUUGUUUCUGAUACAAACCACACAUGACGAAAAUCUGUUGUUAGUUGUGAAGGAAAGAAAAAGUAACUGUUACUUAGCAACCACCAAACAUUGAUGUAGUCUUGUUUUGUUUUUGAAUGGUAGAUUAGCAUUUGUUUAACAAGUAGAUCUAGUCUCCUCACUGUGUUAUUUUUUUUUCCUCUUUUUAUUUUAGCUAAUGUGAGUUAGCAUAAUAAAUUAUCCACAUUCUUUGUAUUCUUGUCAGGGUUUCAUCACUGAAAUAGCUGCUAACGUUUUGCGCUAGACUAAAAAAAAUUAGUUAAACGCUAUUUUUUAAAAUCAUAUUUUUGUUGUAAGAGAAAGAAAAAAGUACAAGAAAGCAAAUGUUUGUAGUCCGUUGUGGCAUAUCGCAUGGGUGUGAGGCAAUGGGGGUUGAUUAUUUUUAAUUACAUACUGUAAUAUUCUAUCUAGGCUGUCAUUUUUUAUUCUCUAAAAAUAUGAUUCUAGAAAGCAAUAUAAAAUUUGUAUUUGCCUUGAGCAACACCAAACUCUACAUUCAAAAUUCUAGUUUUUUUUAAACCUGUUGGAAGUUUUAGAGAAAAAAAAAUUUUAUGUUGUUAAAUUAAUAAAAUUAAACAACGAAUAUACUUAUAACUUAAAUUAAUAUUUGUUAAUUUUUAUUAAAAAAUGGAAAAAUUAAAAUAAAUUUCUGCAAAAAAACAA